GACAAUCCGGUUCAGUUUCAUUUGACGUAAAAACAAACGACACGGACCGAAAACUGGCUUACGCAUUGGAUAACCGCCCUUUGGACAACAAAGGAGGGAUAACAAUGGUUCUGUUAAAUAUACUCGAUCAAAUUCUUCGUCAGUUGGAUGAUUUUUUGGCGGAGGACACACCUUCGAAUAAAGCUCAAAGCAGAUGGAAAUGGAAGAGAUCAGUGGCGAAAAUUUACAGAAAUCUGCAGAAGAAAUCGAGGAAGAAUCUACUGAAGCUGCACAUUUAUAUUCAGAAACUGCUGCAGCUGAAGAUGCUGAAUAAGAGUUACGUUGGCAGCCCCAGUACGGCUGAUUCUGGGGACAGGGACAGGGGCAGCGGAGAGGUGGCUGCAGGACUGCUGGCAGUCCCGUCCAUCGCAACCCGUGGGAUCAACGUGGAGGAGAUACAACUAGACCGGAUUAUAGGGUAUGGGGGCUUCGGGACUGUGUUUCAAGGACGCAUGGGCACCUGGGACGUUGCUGUGAAAAAGAUGCACCUCAAUUCUAAGAACAAACGUGCCAGGAAGGAAAGCUAUAGGGCUGAACUCAACGCCUUGCAUCUGAAACAUGACCAUAUUGUGCAGACUCUAGCCGCAUAUGAUUUAGAUGGACAGACUGUGAUUAUCAUGGAGUACGCCGGGGAACUGAAUCUGCAGCAGAUCCUCAAUGAAGCGACUGAGGGUCUGGACGCAGAGAGACGAUUGAGAUAUGCCCUGCAAAUAGCUAAAGGUUUAAAGUUCGCUCACGAGAACUAUUUAGUGCAUCUUGAUGUAAAACCGGCAAACGUCAUGAUUACGAGCCACGACCAAUGCAAGUUAGGAGAUUUUGGCUGCUGUUUGAAAAUUGACCGAAAUACUGGUUUAGUGAAUUACAACCAUAGAUCUCUUUUGACGGGUACUUUUGCAUACAGGGCGCCGGAGCUUCUAAAAGGAGAGAUUCCGACAAGUAAAGCGGACGUUUACUCUUACGGGAUAACGCUGUGGCAGAUGGCAAGCCGGGAGCAUCCUUACGGGACUGAAAACCAACAUGUUGUUAUCUUUGGCGUCGUCGCCUACAACCUCCGACCAUCAGGUUUGCCCAUUGCCUUGCCGCGUUCUUCCAGUGAAGAGGAGGACCCUUUCGAGGUCUGUUUCCGGGACUUGUAUACCCAGUGCUGGGCAACAGAUGCCGAGGAGCGUCCGUCUUCCAAAGAUGUAGUCGAGAUUCUGGACAUCUAUGAUGAAUUCUCUCACAGUUGACAAACGUGUCACCUCCGUAACAUGGACGCCGUCAUGACGCCGCUGACGCUGACGCUAGCGCCAUGUGGUUUUUUCUUGCUUCCCGGAUCAACGCUGCGAACCAGUAGUGAGUAUUAUGUAACACUGCCUAGGCUCUGUUGUCUUGCUGAUUUGAAGAUUCUGCAACGGUUGGGGGCCAACGUGAAUCACUGAGAACCUGUGAUCUAUUGAAAUGAGAUUCUGCUUGUAACUUUAUACUGCGUGCUGUGCUAUAAUUAUUUUAUUCCCGAGUGUCAUCGGUAAAGUUACGAAAAUUCGCAAGGACACAAACUGCUUUACCGUGUUAGUAAAUGUGUAUAUAUAUAGUUCUGUUAAAUUCGUCCAUACGUUCAUGAUAUCGAGGGAUUUCAGUGUGUUGCUCAGGGGGACUACGAAAUACACCCUUCGCUGGGGAGGAGUUGGGCUGACUGGUUUCUGU